AGGUGUGUUUACAGUAAGCACUCUGAGAAUUAACUGGCUAAAAGUGUUACUGUUCGGGCUUUUGAUGUGUUUUUACAGAGCAGAAGGAGCAUAAAGGGCGUCAAGUUAGAACACAAUUUGCCAAUCCUUAAAUUUGAUGCUAAAGCACAUACAGUUUAUUCUUGUUACCUUUGAAAAGUGUCUAAUUUGGUUUUUAAAAGAUUCUAUUUCGCAGAAGAAAACCUCGGGCUUCCCCGGAGGUCCAAGGAGGACUUGACACAUCUUCUAACCACAAGAGAGCAGUCUUCCCUUUGAAGAGCGCUUCUUCUCCACCUCCCGAGAAAUAAAAGAGCCGGGCUAUGUUUGCAAACACUCUGAAAGCUCUUUCCAUCAGACCCGAACGCCGGAAACCACAAAGGGCAGUCAAGUUUGGAUUUUCAAGAAGAACGCCGGAGUAAACUUUCGCUCUGCCGGCCAGCCGAUCGGUCUGUGCCUUGGGAGGGUCUCUGCUCAAUUCCUGAACAAGUUCGGGCUCCCUGAUAGCCACACUUGCAGACCCAGGAGUGAAUUACAGCAAUUGGGCAGCUUUGAAAGAUUAAUUUGUUUAGAGUGCGAUCGCCUAUUCAGGCUGGGACCCUUUGUUAACUCUUGAACUAAGAUCAGAGGAGGCACAUGGAUACAAACGUGGAUAAGGCUCGUCCUCUAUCUUUGCCCCUUCUUCUCUGAAGCUUUAUAAAGACCGAAGGAGAGCAACGAGCUUCGGAAACCAUGCAAAGUCCCCUCCAAGUGUGCUCAGGUACCUAGCUUCUGGACCUAGAAACUUCUCCAAAGACAGACCGGGAAGCCUGGAUGGACCAGCAUCCCGGCUACGACAGCUUCCAGUCUGGUCUUCAAGGUGAGUCAACUGCGUGCUUUUCCGCAAGGAAUGGAAAAAUGCAAAUCGGCUGGACUGCUUGCCCUGCAUUCCCCGCUACGAGCCUCGCCGCUGGGCGCGCUGGCCCGGAGGGAGCCCUGCAGGGUCUCCGCGCGCCAGGAUGCCGCGGACUGCGCGCGAAGACGGCCGUGCCCGUCCCUGCCGCCGGGGGGCGUCGCCGAGCCCGCCUUUCUGCGCCAACGCAACGAGCGCGAGCGGCAGCGCGUGCGCUGUGUGAACGAGGGCUACGCGCGCCUCCGCCAGCACCUGCCGCGCGAGCUGGCUGGCCAGCGGCUCAGCAAGGUGGAGACGCUGCGCGCCGCCAUCGGCUACAUCAAGCAACUGCAGGAGCUGCUGGAGCGUCACAGGCCGGACCUCAACAGCGAUGGCGAGUCCAAAGCGUCCUCCGGAGCCUCGCCCUGUAGCAGCGAGCCUGAGGAGCGUGGCUAGCAGCGCCCUUGCCCACCAAGCUUUCAUGGUUGCCUCUCUGGGCUCAGUUC